AUGAAUCCAAUUCGCAUCGGCAUAAUUGGGCUUUCACCGGGUGCCUGGGCAGCUAAUGCUCAUCUACCAUAUCUACAGAGUCCCAACUCAAAGUUCAAAAUUGUGGCUGUCUGUAAUUCUACGGUGGAAAGUGCUGCGAAGAGCGUUAGAGACCUCAGCUUGCCAGGCAGCGUAAAAACUUAUGGAAAUGUGCAAGAAAUUGCCGACGACAAGGAUAUUGACCUUGUUGUCUGCACUACAAGAGUAGACCGUCAUUACAAAUCUAUUCUUCCGUCUCUCAAAGCUAGCAAGGAUGUUUUUCUUGAGUGGCCCCUAGGAAGAAACUUUGGGGAAGCAAAGGAACUUCUCAGUAUAGCACAACAACAUAAUGUCAGUAUAACUGCGGUUGGGCUUCAGGGUCGAUUUGAUGCUACUGUCGAAACCCUAAAAGAUGUUUUGGCUGAAGGGAGAAUUGGCAAGGUACUCAGUACUACAAUUACAAGCCAGGGUGUGAUUGCAGGGCAGUCGGAGCUGGAAAACCAAACUUACCUUGUGGACCGUGACAGUGGCGGAUCCCUACUGUCCAUUCCUGCCUCGCAUUUACUCGAUACCGUCCAACAAGUCAAGAUUAUCAAAGCCGAUGGCUCUAUUCUUGAAGAAGCCGCCAAAAAGACAGCACCUGAUCAUAUCAUAAUCCAAGGUAUGCUUGAAUCAGGAGCAGUUUUCUCAGCCACAGUCCGUGGUGGCGCGCCCUUCAAGGGCUCCCCUGGACUUGUGUGGAGUAUAUAUGGCGAGAAAGGAGAGAUCAGGAUAUUGGGUCCAAGUGCCUUUAUUGAGGUUGUCAGCACCACUAGUAUCGAGCUACAUAACUUUGACACCGACGUUGUUGAACAGAUUGAGCUCAAGAGAGGGGCAUUUGACGAGUUCAGUCCAAUGACUAGAAACGUGGCGCGUGUUUAUGAGGCGAUUGCUGCAGGUGACAAAUCCCGCUUGUGUGAUUUUGAGGGGGCAGUGAAAAGGCAUGAGUUUAUUGAGGAGGUUUACAAUCAGAACCCUCGGGUCUAA